AUGAUGUUGGAUGUAAACGGAGACGGUGAGAACGUCGUGGUCGAGGGAGACGCGGAGAUUACAGAUGGGGAGACGACGAGGGAAGACGAAUCGACGAAUCGCGCGGACGAGAGGCGGGAGACGGAGAAGAUCAGUCUCGAUCGGGACGGCGGCGGCGGUGACGACGGUGACGAAGACGAUGAAGGGUCCGUCGAUGUCAUCGCUCCGGAGACGCCGGGUGAUCGAGAGCGCGCUCUUGGGAGAUCGGAGCGAACGCGAUCGGCGUCGACGCCGACGACUCCGUCGAGGACAGAGGCGAAGAAGAAACGCGUGGACGACGGCGAGGGCGACGACGAAGCCUUCGGUGGAUCGUCGCUUCGCGAUAAAUUCGACGCCACGUCUGCGUCCAUCGAUGACCGUGCGUCCGCGCUCGGAGAUAUCUUUGACCUACCGGGCAACGGCCUUCUCAGCCUGGAUGAGCUGAGCCGAGGCGGACACGCGACGGGAAAUUUGUCGCCGGAUGACUUGGCGUACGGGCGCGCCGGCGACGCCGCGGCGACACCGACGGGAGUGAGUAUACGCGGCGUGCUCAUCAGUGACCCGCACGUGAAUCAUCGCCUACUCGAAAUUGCGGCGAUGAAGCUCACGCCCGAUAACAACGACGCCGCCUGGCGCUUAUCGAGCGAACGUGUGAAGCGUCGAACUGAGCGACGAUCGAACGCGUUCCCGAGAUCAUAUCCCACACGCGCACCCCCUGGGCUGGACUCACCUCUGUUGUUCAAGAGAUUGGACGCCGAUGCGCUCUUCUUUACGUUUUACUUUUGCCCGACGCCGAAGAAAAAACUCUUGGCGGCGGCGGAACUCAGGGCGUCCAAUUGGAGAUUCCAUAAAGCGCUCGGAACAUGGUUCGCUCGAUUGGAGCUUCCAAAAGUAAUCAACGAGGCCGAGCGCUACGAACAGGGCUCGGUGAUUUACUUCGACCACAACAUGCAGGUGAACGAGGCAGACUCGUCGACGAACGGUUGGUGCCAGCGCUCACGCUCGGAUUUUACUUCUCGAUACGACGACUUCAUCUGA